AACCUCUGGCUGUAUGUGACUCUCGACUGAGAGCAGGUGCCAUUUAAGAAAGAAGUGUUUAUAAUCAGAAAGUGCUAGAGAGAAAUCUGAAGCUUUCCUCUAAAAAAUGUAUUCUAUUUAUAUUUAUAACAGAUCUUGAAAAUAAAGAGAAAUUAUUGUAGUUUUGUGAAAAAAAAAUAUGUCAGAUAAAGCAAAAACUAUGAGCCACAUUAAACAUAUUCCUAAAGAUGCUCAAGUCAUCAUGUCAAUCAUGAAGGAUAUGGGAAUAACGGAUUACGAGCCAAAAGUGAUCAAUCAAUUGUUGGAGUUUACCUAUCGAUACGUCACAUGUAUAUUAGAUGAUAGUAAGGUAUAUGCUAAUCAUGCCAAGAAGAAGUUUAUCGAUUUGGAUGAUGUUCGAUUAGCAGUUAAGAUGCAGUUGGAGCGUUCGUUUACAAAUCCACCACCCAGAGAUGUAUUGCUGGAUGUGGCACGUGCCAAAAACAACAUCCCAUUACCCUUUGUCAAGCCGAGUAAUGGUCUCAGAUUACCUCCAGAUCGAUAUUGCUUAAAUGGAACAAAUUACAGACUUAAAAAUGCGACAAAAAAAGUUGUUCAAAAACCUGCGCAUUCAUUGGUUGGCAAUAAUCUAACUGGUGGACAAUCAAGACCAAAAGUGGAGGGAAACAAAUCUAGUGUAUCAAUCGUUAAAAGACCUGGAACGCUCGCUACUGUCGCUAGAACGCAAAGCAUUUCUAUACCAAAACCAGUUUUGAAAUUUUCUACAGCUACGACCAGCACCACGGCGGUGAAGACACAAGUAACGAAACCUAAGAUACAAAUCACCUCUGCUCAAACUUUGCCGACCGUAAAGAUGGAGACCGAAGAAUCGUUGAAAAGGAAGCGAGAAGAUGACGACUACGACGUACCGUAAUCUCUCGAUUUCAAAUAAUUUUCCGUCUAACAAUUAAUUUAUUCUCGGACUUAUUUUUUUUCAAUUUAGAAUUUUGCAAUAAUCCGUGAGUUAUAUAAGUCUUUGCAAUAAUGAUUAUCCUUCUAAUAAAAUGUAAAAAAAUUUAUAAAGUCUAAACAAUUAUAAAAUAUAAAACUAUAUAAGACGAAUA